AUGAGAGCUGCGGCAACUGUGAAACAAGAUGGGCUCCCCCUCUCCAGGAAGCUAUGCUAUGCUUUGGGAGGUGUUCCCUUUCAGAUGACUAACGUCGUCAUUGGUUUCUCCUUUCAGAUUUUCUUGCUGGAUGUAGUUCAGAUGGAGGCUUUCUUUGUCUCUCUCAUCCUUUUCGUGAGUCGGGCAUGGGAUGCAGUCACUGAUCCGCUUGUGGGCUACCUGGUCAGUAGGAGUGUCCGGACCCCAGUAGGCAAACUCCUCCCUUGGGUGAUCCUCUCCAUGCCAUUUGCAGUUCUCUUCUACAUUUGCCUGUGGUUCACACCACAGCAUUCAGUGACUUCAGCUUUCAGUGUACCCUGGUACCUUAUCAUGAGCUGUCUGUUUGAAACCCUUAUGACUUGCUAUGAUGUCCCUUAUACCUCUCUCAACAUGUUCUUGGGUGGCCACCAGAGAGACAGAGAUUCUGCCACAGCAUACAGGAUGAGUGUGGAAGCCUUGGCCAUGCUGGUCGGCUCUGUCAUUCAGGGCCAGGUCCUGAAGGUGUAUAACUCAGAGAGGGACCAGGCCUGUCAAGAACUGGUCCAAAAUUACCUACCCACUCAGAUCACGCCAUCUCCCCAGACUGCUACACUUCACAACACAAGGAAGGCGUUCAUGACCUCAGCGCUGGUGGUGGGGGCUGUCUUUUUCCUGUGCAGUCUGGUACUCUUCCUCGGGGUCAGAGAACAGAGUGAUCCGGGGCAGACACAUACUCCAUACCUAACUGGCCUGAGGAUGCUGGUGGGACAUCGCCCUUACCAGCGACUGGUCCUUGGCUUUCUCUUCUCCUCAGUUGCCUUCCAGAUGUCCAUGGGCAAUUUUGCUAUUUUUUGCACACAUGUGGCUGGGAUUGGCACACAGUUCCAGUAUCUCAUUCUGACUCUACUGACCACUGCCGCUGUAGCUGUGCCUGUGUGGCAGCUGGCCUUGCUGAGGGUGGGGAAAAAGACCACAGUGUUUAUGGGUCUUCCUCUCUUCAUCCCAGCUCUGAUAACAUUCGCCUCCGUGUCUGACAACUUUCCUGUCUACGUGGCCAUGUGUGUGUUAGCUGGAGCCAGUUUGGCUACGCUCUUCCUCCUCCCCUGGUCUAUGCUGCCUGAUGUAGUUGAUGACUUUGCUGUGAAGAACCCCACCUGCAGGGACCUGGAGCCUCUGUUUUUCUCCUGCUAUGUCUUCUGUAACAAGCUUGGUGGCGGACUGUCUGUUGGCAUCUCUACUAUGGUGCUUUACUUUACAGGUUAUAAAGCAGGGGCAUGUAGCCAUGGUGAUGGUGUGGCCACCGCAUUGCGUGUGCUUUUAGCCCCUGUACCCAUCUUCCUCUUGCUGGUCGGUUUAUGCUUCUUCUAUCUGUAUCCGAUUAACGAGGCACACAGACAGCAGCUCCGGAAAGAUCUGGAACAAGCAAGUGCUAAAAAGAUCCCAAAUAUGACAAAAUAA